AUGAAGGUAAUAAUAUUCAAAUGUGUUGUGCUUACGUUUUAUAUUUGUUCGGUGUCUGUAUAUGGAGGGACGAACAACAAAGAACCGGUUUUAGAAAAAUUACAAGCUCAACAGCAACAUUUUAGGGGUGAAGAACACAAUCCGGAUUAUGAUCAUGAAGCUUUUCUUGGACAAGAAGCGGAAGAAUUUGAUAAUUUAACGCAAGAAGAAAGUCAAAGGAGACUAAGUGUAAUAGUAGAUAAAAUUGAUAAAAACAAUGAUGGAUACGUAACUCAAGAGGAACUUAAAGAUUGGAUUAAAUUCACUCAAACCCGUUACAUAAUGAAUGACGUGCACAGCCAGUGGGAUAAUCAUAAAAACUUGGAAAAUGGAAAAUUAUCGUGGGCACUUUACAGAAAGGAUACAUACGGAUUUAUGUCUGAUGACGAAGCAAAAGAAGCGCAUAAAUCUGAUGAUUCCUAUACAUAUGCCAAAAUGAUAUUAAGAGAUAAGAGAAGAUGGGCAGCAGCUGAUGUAGAUGCUGAUGGACUAUUAGCCAAAGAGGAGUUCAUCUCAUUCUUACAUCCUGAAGAAAGUGUUCAUAUGAAAGAUAUUGUUGUAUAUGAAACUAUGGACGACAUGGAUAAAGAUAAGGACAACAAAAUAUCAAUGGAUGAAUAUAUUGCUGAUUUGUUUCCCGGUGUUGAGCCAAACGAAGAACCAAAUUUCAUUAAAAGUGAAAUAGAACAGUUUAAGACAUACAGAGAUAAAGAUGGUGAUGGAUUUUUGGACAUUGGAGAGAUCAAAGAUUGGAUAUUACCUGAUAAUUUUGAUCACGCCGAAGCAGAGAGCAGACACCUUAUUUAUGAAUCCGAUUCAGAUGCUGAUGGCAAAUUAACCAAAGAAGAGAUAUUAGCAAAAUAUGAUUUGUUUGUUGGAUCCCAAGCAACUGAUUUCGGAGAGGCCAUUAUGAAACACGACGAGUUAUAA